AACAUAAUUGUGAUGACAAAAUGAUCACCAGAGACACGGAGCGACACUGAACGUGUAGCCAGAGGGCGAGCGACAAGGUGUGCUAUCAUGAACGAUUCCCGACUCCCGCGCACCUUCAAUGAAACCAAUGAUGACGUCACGUACUCGACGUCGGACUGGUACAGUGGUAACUGUUCGUGGGCUGACGCGGUAUCAUGGGGCUGCAACAACACGCGCGGCGCCAGCGGUAACGUUACCGAUACGGACAUCACCUCGCUCGUCCUCAUGGCCGUCACAUCCGUGGUGCUCGCGCUCAUCAUCUUAGCAACUAUUGUCGGUAAUGUGUUCGUGAUAGCAGCAAUAAUAAUAGAGAGAAACCUUCAGAAUGUCGCCAAUUACCUGGUCGCCUCGCUCGCUGUCGCCGACUUGAUGGUGGCAUGUCUCGUCAUGCCUCUUGGAGCUGUAUACGAGGUCAGCCAGGGUUGGAUCCUAGGUCCUGAACUAUGUGAUAUGUGGACAUCCAGCGAUGUCCUUUGUAGUUCCGCUUCAAUACUCCAUCUAGUCGCCAUAGCUACUGAUAGGUAUUGGGCAGUAACUGAUGUGGAUUACAUCCACAUUAGAAACGAAAAGAGAAUCUUCACUAUGAUCUUUCUCGUAUGGGCUGCCGCACUCGUAGUCUCCCUCGCCCCACAGCUGGGCUGGAAGGACCCUGACUACCUCGCCAGGAUUACACAGCAACAAAAAUGUCUUGUCAGCCAAGACCUCGCAUACCAGAUCUUCGCAACGUGUUCUACGUUCUACGUACCGUUAGCUGUUAUCCUCAUACUAUACUGGAAGAUCUUUCAAACAGCUAGAAGACGAAUCAGAAGGAGGAGGGAACCGCCACCGCCCAGGCCGACGUCCGCUGACGGUGCUACGCCCUCCGGCCGACCAGUGCAGUCGGCGAGGGACAGACGAUUUGUAAAGAAGCGCUUUUUGAAUCUCAAGAAAUGCAACCAACGUACUCGAGCAGAGACUAUAGCGGCCGCGCUGCUACUAACAGAAGGUCAAAGCACUUCAACAGUAGACACGUUGGACGAAGAACCUCGGACGACAGCAUUUACUAUUAACGAGAAAGUUCCCUCAACUGUAUCACCAGAAAAGUCUUCCUCUACGACAGUAACGAAUGGUUCGAAACCCGAAAGAGCUAUUGUUCCUGCUUUAUCUCAAAGGGAGAAGAAAGAGUCCCUCGAAGCUAAAAGAGAGCGGAAAGCUGCGAAGACGCUUGCAAUCAUCACAGGAGCUUUCGUCUUCUGCUGGCUGCCAUUCUUCAUUAUGGCAUUAGUGAUGCCUAUAUGCCAGUCUUGUGUGAUAAGUGAUUACUUAGCUAGUUUUUUCUUGUGGCUCGGAUACUUCAACUCUACCCUUAAUCCGGUCAUCUACACGAUAUUCAGCCCCGAUUUCCGACAGGCGUUCGCGCGGAUUCUCUUCGGCACUCACAGGCGUGCUCGUAAUAAAAAAUUCUAA